CUCUGUAUCUGAUAAAAUGGUGGUCACAUGACAGCCAAAUGUCACCUGCUCCCAUCAUAUGAUCAAUCUACAACUCAGUCGAAUCUGUUUUUCCUCCUGUUAAAGGCGUAGUCAACUGAUUCUCUAAACCUGAUCAGUAUUCUUAAGUUUCUCCCCAAAACUCUAAGAAAACCACAGCCAUGGCUCUCAGCGACGCGGACGUUCAAAAACAGAUCAAGCACAUGAUGGCUUUCAUCGAACAAGAGGCCAACGAGAAGGCUGAAGAAAUCGAUGCCAAGGCUGAGGAAGAGUUCAAUAUUGAGAAGGGCCGUUUGGUCCAGCAGCAAAGGCUGAAGAUCAUGGAAUACUACGAGAAGAAGGAGAAACAAGUCGAAUUACAGAAGAAAAUUCAAUCUUCAAACAUGUUGAACCAGGCCCGUUUGAAGGUUCUCAAAGUACGGGAAGAUCAUGUGCGGUCUGUACUGGAGGAUGCUCGUAAGAGGCUGGGUGAAGUCACCAGAGAUCAGGGACGUUACGCCCAAAUUGCUGAGUCUUUGAUUUUGCAAGCACUCUACCAACUGUUUGAAAACAACGUAAUUGUUCGAACGAGACCACAAGACAGGGACUUGGUGAAAACGGUUUUGCCAACAGUGGCUACUAAAUAUCGGGAUGUUACUGGGCGCGACGUCAACGUAACCCUUGAUGAUGCCGUCCAGCUUUCCCAAGACAUCACUGGAGGAAUCGACCUGUACACUCGUCAAAACAAAAUCAAGAUCAGCAACACUUUGGAGGCCCGUCUGGAGCUCAUUUCCCAACAGCUCAUUCCACAGAUUCGUAACGCUUUGUUCGGACGCAACGUCAACCGCAAAUUCACCGAUUAAAUUGCUUUAUUUUGGAAGCAAAUUAUUGUAGGAAGCUCUUGGAACAGAUGUGCAAUGGUUACAGGUCUUUGCGGGCUAGUUUCAAGGCUUCAAGUAUUUCUAGUGUGAAAAAAAUAUGCGCUAAAUCAGUUCUUAGCAAGUUGUAUGUAUCUCCCUUAUUAUGUAUGUAAAUAUUUUCAAAUUGAACCAGACUUCAGUAAUUCCUAUACAAAAAGUAUUACUAUGUUUUGACUUUGGUUUUGUUAUUGUUGUUGAAUUUUUAGUUGGAAAGUUACUCAACAUCCGUUAUAAAAUAAAAUAAUGCAAUUUAUUCCAUAAA